GGCCUACUUACACUGUGAAUGGACGUUUUACUAGACUGAGUUGACACCGUUUUAAGAACACUAAUAUGACAAAAGACAAGAUACUACUAUUUUCAAGAACUGUCUCCAUCUUGAUGUGGCUUGUCUUGCUGGAAUCUGAAGCUGAAAUUGAUGUCCUCGGACCGAAGAGUUGGGACAAGGCUGUACAUGACUGUAAAACAGCAGGAAAAGAACUCUACAGCUCGUACAGGGAAGAACCCCUAAAAGAGAUUCUUACGGCUAGUUCUGGCAAACACUGGGUGGGGGCGAAAACCAUGUACUCGCCGUGGAGAUGGGCAGAAGACGACACCACGGUGUUUACUUAUAUGGGAUAUCGAAAUAUUACAUACGAAGACACCCCAAAAAUAGCUCUUAACUACGAUAAUGAAGCCGUCUUGUGUCACACAAAGUGUGAAACAACGUACAUCGGGAUGCAGUACUUGCAUACAAUCUCUAAAUCUAGUAGAUAG